AUGGGAGUGGCUCAGAAUACGCUCUUCAAGAUAGAUUCUUGUGCGGUAUCCCAAGGCGGAUAUGUAGUUACUCCACUAGCAGAGGCUGACAGAGGCACAUUACGAAUAUGGUUGUCGACCGAAAUGAAAAGUGACGAGGGUAGGAAAAGAAGAAGCAAAGAAAUGAAUGACAGAAAACUUAUCUUUGAAGUGAGCAACAUACGAUGGGUACGUUCGGAAUAUGUUUUCUGUAAGGGAAUGAUUGGAAGAAAGGCCAGGAAUUAA